AGGGUCCAAGGCGGGGGGAGGGGUGAGAACCCGGGCUCUCCCCUUUCUCUUAUCUCGCUGUCUUUGGAGGUGGGAAUCUUGGGGGGGGGCGGUUCUUAAACCCUCCUGAGAUUGGGUCAAGAGUCAAAACUCCUCCCGCCCCCUCCCCCCAAUCCGAUGAGCGGUAAGGAAAGUGAUGGACAAGUGUUCGAAGCCGAAGUGACAAACGCUUAGCAAGAACAAAUCCACUCUGGAGGUUUUCAAUAUUUACAUUUUUUUUAAGUGAGGGUACUUUACUCUUUCAAUUUUUUUUUUUCAGAAUUUAUGUUUUAAGAGGUGAGUGCUUUAUGUUUGUCCCUACUCAGGGCAAUCCUCCAUUUUAAGCGAAGCAGUAACUGGUUAAGCUGGAAUUUCAUUCAGGCCUAGGACUUGAACAAGGAUCCUGUAGGAGGUCAUUUAGUUUAUCCUCUUGCCUGCAUACAAACUUAAAUUGUAUGGUCUGCUUUUAAAGAUAUCUAGGAAAGAAGGGUCUUUUAUUUUCUUGUACUACUUGGGUGAAGAACAGGUCUUAUUUUUCACAUAAACCGAUGCAUAAACUUAAGUUUAAGAAAAUUUAGGACAGUUGGAAUCAUCAGAGGUUUUUAAUUUACUGAGUACAAUUAAAUGUGGCAAGGAUCUUUUUUAGGUGGUCAAUUAACAAGUCACUUUUUGGUAAUUAUGAAAUACUGUGGAUAAUCAUGUUUUCUGUCCGGGAUUUUGGUUUUCUAAUUCUUUGAUAAACAGUUUUAUAUUCUAUAAUAUGUGUUACAUAUUUAUUUCUUGUUUAUGUAAAGUGUUUUUCUCACACACAUCCACCCACACAUUUGCCUUUUCCAAAGGGAGUUUUAUCUUGCAUACCUUUUUUUUUAUAUAUUUAUUUUUUAGUUGUAGAUAGACACACUACCUUUACUUUUUUAUUUUUAUAUGAUGCUGAGGAUCAAACCCAGUGCCUCAAGUGCUAUGCAAGCACUCUACCACUCUACCAUUACCUUUUCCGGUUGAUGAAAAAAGCUAGAACUUCCAAGUUUUUUCACAGAUAGCUGAAAUCAAUUCGUGUAUUUUAUUUUUUUCUCUAAAUGAAAAUCCUUUCUUUCAGAAACCUUCUUGAAACAAUUUUCCUACUUGCUCCUAUCUGGUGACUGAGGGAAUUACUAAGACUCUUCUCGUUCAUUUCUGAGUAUUGUCUGAACUAUUCCUGACACUAUGAAUGCUAUUUGGAUGCCUCUUAAGAAAGAAGACUGUUUUCCUGCCAUUGCUGAGACUUUAGUGCUUUUGGGAAGUAAGUCUGUUCUCAGGGGAGGCAGUAAGAGGCUGUGGAGCUGGCCUCGGCACCGGCAUCGAGAGAGGCUGGACUUCCUGUCUCUCUGUGCUGAAUGGCUGCGAUGGCGCCCGCUCUCACCGAUGCAGCAGCUGAAGCACAUCACAUCCGGUUCAAACUGGCUCCCCCAUCCUCCACCUUGUCCCCCGGCAGUGCCGAAAAUAACGGCAACGCCAAUAUCCUUAUUGCUGCCAACGGAACCAAAAGAAAAGCCAUUGCUGCAGAGGAUCCUAGUCUAGACUUCCGAAGUAAUUCUACCAAGGAAGACUUGGGAAAGCUGCAACCACUGGUGGCAUCUUACCUCUGCUCUGAUGUAACAUCUGUUCCUUCAAAAGAGUCUUUGAAAUUGCAAGGGGUCUUCAGCAAGCAGACAGUCCUUAAAUCUCAUUCUCUGUUAUCUCAAUCCUAUGAACUCCGAGCUGAGCUGUUGGGGAGACAGCCAGUUUUGGAGUUUUCCUUAGAAAAUCUUAGAACCAUGAAUACAAGUGGUCAGACAGCUCUGCCACAAGCGCCUGUAAAUGGGUUGGCUAAGAAAUUGACUAAAAGUUCAACACAUUCUGAUCAUGACAAUUCCAGUUCCCUCAAUGAGGGAAAACGGGCUCUCACUUCAUCUGCUCUUCAGGGAGGUGAAGUGGCGGUAACUGACUCUGGGGACAUAAAGGGGGGUAUGACCAAUUGCACUCUUCCACACAGAAGCCUUGAUGUAGAACACACAACUCUAUAUAGCAAUAAUAGCACUGCAAACAAAUCUUCUGUCAAUUCCAUGGAACAGCCAGCACUUCAAGGAAGCAGUAGGUUAUCACCUGGUACAGACUCCAGCUCUAACUUGGGGGAUGUCAAGUUAGAGGGCAGAAAGUCUCCCCUGUCUUCCAUUCUUUUCAGUGCUUUAGAUUCUGAUACAAGGAUAACAGCUUUAUUGAGGCGUCAGGCUGAUAUUGAGAGCCGUGCCCGUAGGUUACAGAAGCGCUUACAGGUUGUACAAGCCAAGCAAGUGGAGAGGCAUUUGCAGCAUCAGCUGGGUGGAUUUUUAGAGAAAACUUUGAGCAAAUUGCCAAAUUUGGAAUCCUUGAGAUCCCGGAGCCAGUUGAUGCUGACCCGAAAGGCUGAAGCUGCCUUGAGAAAAGCUGCCAGUGAAACUACCACUUCAGAGGGACUUAGCAACUUCUUGAAAAGCGAUUCAAUUUCAGAAGAGUUGGAGAGAUUUACAGCUAGUGGCAUAGCCAACUUGCGGUGCAGUGAACAAGCAUUUGAUUCAGACAUCACUGACAGUAGUUCAGGAGGAGAGUCUGAUAUUGAAGAGGAAGAAUUGACCAGAGCUGAUCCUGAGCAAUGCCAUGUAUCCCUGAGACGCAGGUCAGAAUGGAGAUGGGCUGCAGACCGAGCAGCUAUUGUGAGCCGCUGGAACUGGCUUCAAGCUCAUGUUUCUGACUUGGAAUAUCGAAUUCGUCAGCAAACUGAUAUUUACAAACAGAUUCGUGCUAAUAAGGGGUUGAUAGUUCUUGGGGAGGCACCUCCUCCAGAACAUACAGCAGACUUACUGCUUCCACUUAGUUCUGAGGUGAAGACAGAUCAUGGGACUGAUAAAUUGAUUGAAUCUGUUUCUCAGCCACUGGAAAACCAUGGUGCCCCUGUUGGUCCUAUUUCAGAGUCAUUAUCUACCAAAUCAUGUGGAGCACUGAGACCUGUCAAUGGAGUUAUUAACACUCUUCAGCCUGUCUUGGCAGACCAUAUUCCUUGUGACAGCUCAGAUGCUGAAGAACAAUUACAUAAAAAGCAACGACUGAAUCUAGUUUCUUCAUCAUCUGAUGGUACCUGUGUGGCAGCCCGGACACGUCCCGUACUGAGCUGUAAGAAGCGGAGGCUUGUUCGACCCAAUAGCAUUGUCCCUCUUUCUAAGAAGGUUCACCGGAACAGCACAAUCCGCUCUGGCUGUGAUGUAAAUCCCUCCUGUGCACUGUGUGGUUCAGGCAGUGUCAACACCAUGCUUCCUGAAAUCCACUACGAAGCCCCUCUGUUGGAACGCCUUUCCCAGUUGGACUCUUGUGUUCACCCUGUGCUAGCAUUUCCAGAUGAUGUUCCCUCGAGCCUGCACUUCCAGAGCAUGCUAAAGUCUCAGUGGCAGAACAAGCCUUUUGACAAAAUCAAACCUCCCAAAAAAUUCUCACUUAAGCACAGAGCACCCAUGCCAGGCAGUCUGCCGGAUCCAACUCGUAAAGACAGGCACAAGUUGGUCAACUCCUUCCUGACAACAGCCAAGCUGUCCCAUCACCAAACCCGGCCUGACAGGACCCACAGGCAGCACUUAGACGAUGUGGGGGCUGUGCCCAUGGUGGAGCGAGUGACAGCGCCAAAAGCAGAGCGCUUGCUCAACCCACCGCCACCCGUGCAUGACCCAAACCACAGCAAAAUGAGAUUGCGAGACCAUUCAUCUGAGAGAAGUGAAGUGUUGAAGCAUCACACAGAUGUGAACAGUUCAAGCUACUUGGCUGCUGCCCACCAUCCACCACACAGUCCCUUGGUGCGACAGCUUUCCACCUCGUCAGACAGCUCCGCACCCACCAGCUCUGGCUCACAAGUUACAGCCAGUGCUUCCCAGCCAAUAAGGAGGAGAAGGGGAGAGAGCUCGUUUGACAUUAAUAACAUUGUCAUCCCAAUGUCUGUUGCUGCAACAACCCGAGUAGAGAAACUACAAUACAAGGAAAUCCUUACUCCCAGCUGGCGGGAGGUUGAUCUUCAAUCUCUGAAGGGGAGUCCUGAUGAGGAGAAUGAGGAGAUCGAGGACCUAUCUGAUGCAGCCUUCGCCGCCCUGCAUGCCAAAUGUGAGGAGAUGGAGAGGGCACGGUGGCUGUGGACCACGAGUAUGCCACCCCAGCGGCGGGGCAGCAGGUCUUACAGGUCAUCAGACGGCCGGACCACCCCACAGUUGGGCAGUGCCAACCCCUCCACUCCACAGCCCGCCUCCCCUGAUGUCAGUAGUAGCCAUUCUCUGUCAGAGUUAUCCCACGGUCAGUCUCCUAGGAGCCCCAUUAGCCCAGAACUGCACUCGGCACCUCUCACCCCUAUGGCUCGGGACACUCUGCGACACUUAGCCAGCGAAGACACCCGUUGUUCCACACCAGAGCUGGGAUUGGAUGAACAGUCUGUCCAGCCAUGGGAGCGACGAACCUUCCCCCUGCCAUACAGUCCCCAGGCAGAGUGUGAGGACCAGCUGGAUGCACAGGAACGGGCAGCCCGCUGUACUCGCCGCACCUCAGGCAGCAAGACUGGUCGGGAAUUAGAGGUGGCACCCACCUCGCCUCCCAUUGUCCCCCUCAAGAGUCGGCAUCUGGCAGCAACGGUCACAGCUCAGCGCCCAACUCACAGAUGAGCUGGAGAUGAGAAUCUAAACAGACUCACUAACUAUUGGCAUUAAAGCUUCAGAAAUCUCUGCGUUUGAUAUUCAAACAUCAUAUGCCGGAAAUUUUCACAGUUUUUAGUGAAUUUAAGGAAUUUAGAUCCUCCUUUGGUAUUUUUUUUUCCUCAUUUUGAUUUUUGUUUUGUUUCUGUUUCCAUGUUUUCUUGUCACCCACCUGAGCACUUCCUCUAGUUGGCAGACAAGUUCAGGAUAAGACCCUGCUGGCCUGGUCCUGGUACAUCCUCUGCACUGUUGAAUCACUGGACUUAGCAAUGUUAGAUGAUCAACCCUUUCCUUCAUACCUGUGGGCAGGGUAGAAAAGCCAAAGGGCAGAGGGGAUGGAAAGCUCCAGUUCAGCAUGGCCUUUUAGUUUAGGAUGGGACAGAACAAGGGCAUUCUGGGCUCUUACUCCCCUUCCCUCCCAUCUGUGGCUUGGCUAAGCUCUAGUGUUUCUGGCUGGGUCCCCCUAUCCCUACUUUGGUUUUCUGUGCUGGAGAACCCCAUCAGAGCCUCUUUGCCAUAAUUGCCAGCUGUUCUCACUGAGCUCUCAGCCACCAGGAUGGCUCCCCCUUGUCACCCAGGUCUUCAAGACCUGUUUUCAGUUUCAUCUGCAUUUGGUCAUCUCUUUCUUGACUCCUUAACUGCAGUAACCUGGCUGCGGCUGCUCAGGUUCCCCCAUCCUGCCCCUCCUCGUCUGCUCCCCAUGCCAUGCACACACCCACACACAUCAGUCCUUCCAUGUUGGCCUGGUCUGUGAAGGUAGGGUCUCCUUAACCUCAUCCCCACUCCCCUACAAACUAGGAGAUUGGGGAUGCGAGCAGCCAUCUCCCCUGUAUAAUUUUGCUUUCACUGACUGGUUCACUUUGUCAUGUUUCCUUCACCUCUAUUUCCCUGUCAGUGUCAAUUAGACUCUUCCUCUUUCAUGCUCCCCUUGCCUGUGGAACAUUGUCUGGACCUAGCUGUGGUUUUCAUCACUCCCCAUCACCCUCCUUUGUUAACCUUGUGCCUGUCUCAUGUGUAAUCACAUCACCAAAAAGGGGGCGGGGGGAAGGACUUUUUUUUUCUGCCAUUUUGUAAUCGUAUAAAAAUUAUAGGCAAAACUGCUUAAUGGUUGGGGUUUUUUCACAAUUUUCAACAUUAGUGAUUUUUUUUUUUCUGUUUGCAAGUUAAAGGGUUUGUCAUUGUUUCUUUAAACAACAAUAAUGCACCAUAUCCCUAUGCAUAAAGUGCUUCUUCUAUUUAUAAGGUUGAAAAUUCUGAAUAACCCUUUUAGCAUUGUAAAGAAAAAAAACAAAAACAAAAAAAACCCAAAAAACAAAAAUUAAAAAAAAAACUUGUAUUUUGUAAAUAUUUUCUUUUCCUGCUUUGAGCUGUGUAAUGGCAGCGAAACAUGUAGCUGUCUUUGUUCUAUAGAAA